AUGGGUGGCAAGGUCUGGACCGAGAAAGAGGAGAGGAUGUUCUGGCUCCAGAUCAUCCCCCAAUCUCCCAAGCGCGCAGGUACCGACAAGGCGAAUCCCGAGAAGUCAUGGAAGGAGCUCGCCAAAGAGAUGCAAGCCCGUCUGGGCCCCAACGCUCAGCGCAAGUACACUGCUCUCAUGCUCUUUGAGCAUUUCUUCCAGAACGCGGUCAACCGCAAGUUCUCUCCCAAGGCCCGACGACUCACUGAGGCGUACAUCGCCAAGCAGGACCCCGAGGAGCGACAGCAGCAGAAGAUGACUCGUCGCCGUCUCCUGCAGUCCUUUGACUCAGGUGGCUCCGGUUCUAGUUCCGGUUCCGGUUCCAGCUCAACUCCGUCGCCAAGAUCCUCCGAUUCGGAGGAGGACCAGGAGCCUGCUCCCGUUGCGAAUGCCCCAGCUUACCAGGUAUCGCUGCCGUCCUUCAAUCAGCUCGCUACCAGCGCCACUGGUUACUACGACAUGACCUACAACACUACAUAUCCCCAGGCUCCCUACAAUGAGUACAAUGGCUCCAACGAGCCCAAGCACUACAACGAGGACCCGUACGGCUAUGCUCCGAACGUAGAGUAUAACCCAUACCCUGACUACGCUCAGUAUCCGAUGUAG